AUGGGGUUAACUUUGGACACUUUGGAAGUGACAGGGAUAGGAAAAACGGUUAGGGUUUUUCGGAAACAUGAAUCAAAAGAAGUUAGCCAGAUUGCAGGGAGACUCAUGAAAGAAUGGAAAGAUGUCGUGGAAGAAUGGCUCAAGAAUGACACUGGUAGUGUUGUGAACCCAACUACUUCAGAGGAGCAAGUCAUGCCGGAGAGUUUGAUUACAGAUCAGAAGUCUCGGGUUGAUUCAGCUAAAUCGAAUAAGGCAACGGGUCUAGUGACUACCGAUCUAGGAAGUAAGAAAGUGUUGGUACAACGUAGACUUGAAGCAAAAAAGAUCAGUAGUAUCGAAGACAGAUAUGAAACGGCAAAAAGAAAAUUGCAACACAGUUAUCAGGAAGCAGAAAAUGCAAAGAAUAAAAGAAGGAUACAAGUGACGAGCUACACGAAUUAG